AUGCGCCUUGAAAAUUCUUACCAUUCUUUUCCUUCCCUAUUUCUGUACAUAUUUAGCACUGAUUACUUUUUCUUUCUCUCCGCACAUUUCUCCCCCUCCCCAACCAAUUAUGUCGUUUCAUUUGGUUUUUCAAUCGGCUCUUCAUUCAUUUUAUUCUUCGUCGUCGCUUUUCCUUUCCUCAUUAAAAAAAAAAUCACUUCUUUUUUUAAGCCUUUUCCUUCUUCCGUCACUCUUAAUGCAUUAUUCCUUAUUCUUUUUCUAUUAACUUUUCUCUAUCAUUUCUUUCUUUUUUUUUUUCUUUUUCCUUCCUUUCUUUUUUUUGUUUUCUUUUCCUUCCUUUCUUUCCUUUUUCCAUUCUUUCUUUCUUUUUUGUUUUCUUUCUUUCUUUUUUUGUUUUCUUUUCCUUCCUUUCUUUUUCAUUCUUUUCUUUCUUUUUUGUUUUCUUUUUCUUUCUUUCUUUCUUUCUUUCUUUCUUUCUUUCUUUCUUUAUCUCCUCAUUCCACUCUCCUCUCCAACCCUCUCUUCUUUUCUCCACUCCCCUCUCUUCUCCACCACUCUCUACCACAUUUGUUCUUCUCUCUGUUUCUCUUUAAUAACAAUAUUUUCUCAUUCAUUUUUAUUAUACCGUCAUUCAUUUUUAUUAUACCGCCAUUCAUUUUUGAGUUGAGAGAAAGAAAUCGACUAAAUCUGUCCGAAUUCAACACCAGUUUCAGGUCGAUCGUAUAA